AUGCAACGCGCUAAGGACCUUCGAAGCAUACUCGAUGACACUGAGAAGAUCUCCAAAGCUGUGAUGUUGGCAUCGACAACAAUGUCAAUGCUUAACGCCAUGAUGCAAAGCCAGGCAAACCAGCUGCCAAAACGUGGCUCGCCACAAAACGAGGCAUACCUGUCAGAGUUCGAGAGGUGUUCUCAGAGUGGGUUGGACCGGACAUCCCAUUGGCCGCGGAGGAAGGAAGUUCCGGGCGCGGACGGCACCUCGCUGCGCCACAGCUGUGGCCUCUGCGAGCAGCUCGCGGAGCAGCUUACGCCGGCGAUAGAGACGCUCGAAAACAGCCUGGGAACUGCCUUGGAUGCUGCCCGUUCAGAGGUGAACAAGCAGCUCACCGGCGACAAGCUCGAGGACGGGACGCGCAUGAUGUUGUCGCCCAAGUGA